GUUGUGUCUCUAAUCUUUACCAGCCGUGUCUGUCUUUGUGAACAUUAAAGAUCCAGGCUGUAUUUUCAAGCCACAAAUCACUCCAGCAUUCCCACCCGGAGGCUUCGGCUUUUCUCGCGGUGUGAAACAACCGGCGGCCGCCGUGUGUUGAGUUCCGUGCCUCUCGAUUUUGGUUUUUCAAUGUGACCUUUGCUGUUAAACCACAACAAGGCGAACGGGGCCGUGCGCCGAGACGAAAUGACCCGUUUCUCGGGAAAAUUCAGCUCCGGUUUCUCCUCGAGCCGCUUUAGUUUCAACUCUUCUCUCGCUCUUCUAGGUCAGAGCGUUUAUCCGAACGCGGGUUUUGGUGCAGCGCUGGUUCUGAGGGCACGUUAGACAUGGGGAGAUAACGACUCACGGGUUUCUUUGUAGAACACCCCUCUCCUGGCUGUGCACACAGGAGGGGUCACUGGGAUUGUCCCCAGCUGCUCUGCUUGACGUGUGGGGCAGCAGCGCAAUGGGGGAACCCACGCAAUGUGUUUCCCUCACAGACAUGGCACCGACAUUUUUUCUGACAGCUGACAAAUCCCCGUCCGUCUGUCUGUGUCCGGCGAGGCCGUGUGUCCCCGUCCUGGGAGCGUCUGAAGGGGCUCGUGUCGCCCCCAGUGCCAUCGAGGCGGGAAGUGUCACCCUGUGAGUAGGAGCAGGAGCGCAGCGGGGGGUGACGCGGGUGUUUCUGUCCCCGUGGGCCGGAGGUGACAGCGCUGGCACCGCUCCCGCGCUGGCUCGGGCCUGUGACACACGAGAGCGAGGCCGGAGUCUCGUUACCUGGCACAUUUCUCAGCUCUAUCUCUGCUAAUUACCUCCCGCUGCCGGUGUUCAAACAAGCUCGGGGCUCUCCUGCCUGUCCCCUCCUGUUGUCAUGUCACGUUGUCACACCGUCCCCCCGAUGUCACGCUCUGCCCUGGCACCGGUUUGCGCCGUCCCAGCCCUGCGAUCCCGCCGCGGGCUGGGAAGGAUCGUGGCGAAAAACCAUUCCUGUUGCAACACGUCCCGGCAGCCCCGACGAGCACGUUCUGAGCCGCCUCUGAUCUUGCUUUGAUGGGACAGGUACAGGCCGAGAUCUCGAGUGACUUGGAAAACGCCGGAAAAUAAAGGGAGGAACGUCUUUGCGAUGGGGGUGUGCGUAGCCGAGGAGUUUCUCGCUCGGUAGAAGAGCUGCUUUUAAUUAAAAGGCGGUUUAUUUAUUUCUCUUCCCGAACCGCAGAGAGCUGCCGGUUUGCUGAAGGGCAGAGGAGCCGCCGGCAUCGCGGCGAUGCUGCCGGUCCCUUCUUCCCGUUCUCAGACUGCUGCUGUGACACGAGUGGGGACAUCUGAGACGUGAGGACGGACCCGCUCUCAUCCCCGCCUCCCAUUACUUUAUGUAGCGCAAAGUCUCAAAAGGGACCUGGAUUUUAAUACCUGAUAAAACCAUUUCCAAGGUUGUGGGCACCUGGUUUCAGUGCCUGGGUCAUAAAGAAGCUGGAUCCAUCACCUCGUUGCGCGUCCUGGAGGUCGGGGAUAAGAAGCUGGAAGCUUCAGGAAUGAGUGACCGCGCUCGUCCCCAGCGCUGAGCAGCUGGAGCCGCCGGGAGCCGGGCCAGGAUGCCGAUCCCUCCGCCCCCACCGCCGCCGCCCGGCCCGCCGCCCCCUCCCACCUUCGGUCAGGCAAACACAGAGCCGCCGAAACUGAGCCGAGAGGAGCAGCGUGGCCGCGGGGCCCUCCUGCAGGACAUCUGUAAAGGGACCAAGCUAAAGAAAGUGACACAAAUCAAUGACCGGAGCGCACCAAUCCUAGAGAAGCCCAAGGGCAGCGGUGGCGGCAGCUACGGCUCCAGCUCAGCUGCAAUCCAGCCGAAGGGCGGCCUCUUCCAAGGUGGUGUCCCCAAGCUCAGACCCGUGGGAGCGAAGGACGGCGCAGACAGCUCCGGUAAGCAAACCCUGCAAGUCCCCGGUUCCAGAGCAGCCGCCCCCAGGCCCCCGGUGCCAGCCAGCAACAACCGACCUCAAGACGAUGCCGACAACAGCCGGGCGUCUCCGCCGGAGCUGCCGCGCACGCAGAGACCCUCCCUGCCGGAUCUCUCCCGGCCCAACACGGCCGGUGGCACCGGCAUGAAGCACAGCUCAUCCGCCCCGCCGCCUCCCCCGCCAGGACGCCGGGCCACCGCGCCUCCCGCCCCCCCGCCGGCGCACGGCACCAAGGUGUCCUCCUACAACCGGGAGAAACCCCUGCCGCCCACCCCGGGACAGCGACUGCCCGCGAGCAGGGACGGACCCCCUGCUCCGCCGCCCGUCAAGCCCCCUCCCUCCCCAGUUGCUAUCCGAACAGGGUCAGGGGCUCAGGGCCAGUCUCUCGCCCCCCCGCCGCCCCCUUAUCGGCAACCCCCCGGUGUCCCCAAUGGCCCUUCCAGCCCCAUCAACGAGUCGGCCCCGGAGCUGCCGCAGAGACACAACUCCUUGCACAGGAAGACGCCGGGUCCCUUGCGGGGGCUGGCGCCGCCGCCGCCCGCCUCAGCCUCCCCCUCUCUCCAGAGCAGUCGCCCCCCUCCGCCAGCCAGAGACCCCCCCAGCCGGGGAGCAGCGCCGCCGCCUCCUCCGCCGAUGCUGCGAAACGGGGGGCGCGACGCCCCUCCGCCUCCCCCUCCCUACAGACUGCACGGCUCCGCCGAGCCCCCGAGCCGGGGGAAGCCACCGCCGCCGCCAACCAGGACACCGGCCGGGCCGCCACCGCCACCUCCGCCGGUGCGGAACGGGCACCGGGACUCCAUCUCCACCGUCAGAGCGUUCCUGGAUGACUUUGAAUCCAAAUACUCCUUCCAUCCCGUUGAAGACUUCCCAGCCCCAGAAGAAUAUAAAUACUUCCAGAGAAUCUACCCCAGCAAAACAAACAGAGCAACACGUGGGGCCCCCCCUCUGCCCCCCAUCCCCAGGUGAAAGCGGCUGCGCAGGCGGGUUGUUCCCGAGCAGAGGGAAGGAGCUCCCUCCUCUUCCUCAGACGGACCCUCUCCACCUCCCGGCCCCCCCGGAUCCCGCAUGAGAAACUCCCAGCGGCUUUUCCCCGGACGAGCAGACCCCCCCAGCCCCAUGCUCUACACGGGCCCCCCCUCAUCUAUGCAUCUCCCCAGGGACUUGGUGACCACGCCGGCAGCCCCGGUGGGUCCUUUCCUCCUCGCUCGCCGCAGAUCUGGACAUGAGGACUCGGGGUGGACACCAAGCAGUGGGGACCGGGGGGGCUCAGUGCCCAAUUUAUUGGGGCCAGGACAGGGCAGGAGACGGACACGGUGACGGGGGAGCAGGGACACCCCGUCAGAGCCUCGUUACCCCACCAGAGCCUCGUUACCCCGGUGCGGCCGAUUGCUUUUUUGCACAGGAGCCAGUGGAGGAGCCGGGGGGGUGAGUAGGGACCAACCUGACAGCGUUUGGGGGGGAUCCCCCCUCUCUGCUCCCUUGGGGGGCCGUCCCCACUGUCACCCAGUGUUGCACCCCAAAACCACCACAGCCGUUGGCUUUUCACCCCGCUGGGUUGGGACGAGGGGGAGACACCCGGGUUUUAACGCUAAAUUACCAAACUAGAGCAUUUUAACGGGAAGACACUAAUUGUCCUCGGGAUGCUGUUACUAUGGGGGGGGUCGUUUGUUCUUGUUUCUCACGUGGUGGGGAGGGACCUGGGGACACACCCCUGUGCCGGGGGGGCUCCGGCUGCUGUUUUGCCUUACACACUACCCUGUCCGACUGUUGGUACCACGCUGGUUUUUCUGUAUUUACUUGCAGUACCGGGGUGGGGGGGGCUGGACAUUAACUGUAGUUACUGAUCUCUUUUGUACGUUGUAUAAAGCUUGUACCAUAGGAAGAAGGUUGGGCGUGCUGCGGGGGUACUAAACCCUCCCCUCUGACUGUUCUGAGGGUUGUUCUGGGGUUUUUUUUUUGUUCUUUUUUAUUUCUAUGAAGGUUGAAAACUUUCCCCGAGGGUGAGGGACACAGGGGGGUGGGUUGUUCUGGAGAAUCAACCUCCCCCCCCCAGCACUGCUGUUCGGUUUAAAUAAAGGUUAAAGAAACGGUUCUUCCCAAGUGCUGGCUGCCCCCCCCGGGGAGCGAGGGGCUGUUGUAAGAGGGAACAGAAUAAAAACCGAGGAGCUUCACAUUGCAUUUAAAUAAAAGUAAUAAAGAUA